AUGGCGUUUGAAUCCUUAUGCGACGACCACCCUCUCUUCUUCGCUGACCACUUCCUCCGCGUCCUUCAGGACGAUGCGCCCCCCUCCCUCGACUUUUUCCGUCUUCUUUCCUCUCCGGCCCGUGGCGACAAGCCCAUUUGGGGCGUCUACGCUCUCAUUCUAGAGAAGAACGGUUGCCCGGCUAUGCUCUAUAUUGGGUCUGGAACUGAGGCUAUCAUGAGCGUUUAUACCCGCCUAAAGUCUUAUGACAAGGUCGAUGGCGCCAACAUCCCCCAACUUGUCCGACAGGCUAUCAAGGAUAGCUAUGCCAUCACUCAUAGAGGCCUACUUUGCUGGCACGAGCUGCCGUCUGCCGCCCACGUCCCCCGCGCCUAA